GCGUGUUUGAUCUAACGAUCCAUCCCCAAAAUCAUCUCCAAGUAGUCUAUCUAGCAUCGCAAUUGUAGUCGGCGAACUUUGGGGGUUUCUGACAAUAUUUUUGCCAAAGAAGAGUUUCAUUGGCCAUUGCAUCAAUAAACCUUGUACACGACUGUAUUUCAGUUACUGAUACACAACCACCAAAAUGGCACCUCCUCCAGCCAUGGACGUCGAUGAAAUGGACGUAGAGGAAGACUUUGACCAGGAGCAGAGGAUAAUCAACGAAGAGUACAAGACAUGGAAGAAGAAUAGCCCUUUUCUCUAUGAUAUGAUCCUCAGCACCGCCCUUGCAUGGCCGACUCUGACCGUGCAGUGGUUACCUGACGUAAAGGAGCCUGAAGGCAAGAACUAUCGCAUUCACCGUGUCCUCCUCGGCACGCACACGUCAGGAGCCACCGAUGAGUACCUGCAGAUCGCCGAGGUCGAGAUUCCUAAGGCCGUCCAGCCAAACCCAGCAGACUACGACGAAGACCGCGGCGAGAUUGGCGGCUACGGUGGUAGCAAGGGAAGCGAGGCGGCCGCUAUCAAGUGGAACAUCACCCAGAAGAUCGACCACCCGGGCGAGGUCAACAAGGCCCGAUACCAGCCUCAAAACCCUGAUAUCAUAGCGACGGCCUGCGUCGAUGGCAAGAUCCUCAUCUUCGACAGGACCAAGCACAGCUUGCAACCCUCCGGCACUCCUAACCCCCAGUAUGAACUUGUUGGCCACAAGGCCGAAGGUUACGGCCUCAAUUGGAGCCCUCACGACGAAGGCUGCCUUGUCACCGGCAGCAGUGACCAGACGGUGCUUCUGUGGGAUCUCAAGGAUGUUCAGCCCAACAACCGUAUCCUGAAGCCCAAGAGGAAGUACACACACCACAGCCAAGUUGUCAACGACGUGCAAUAUCACCCCUUGGUCAAGCACUUCAUUGGUACCGUCUCGGAUGACUUGACUCUGCAGAUUCUUGACACAAGGCAGGAAUCGAACGACAAGGCGGCAUUGGUCGCCAAGAAUGGCCACUCAGACGCCAUCAACGCACUAGACUUUUGCCCCGCGUCCGAAUUCUUGGUCGCAACCGCUUCGGCCGACAAGACAAUCGGCCUAUGGGAUCUGCGAAAUGUCAAGGACAAGAUUCACACCCUAGAGGGUCACCGGGAUGCCGUGACAUCGGUGUUCUGGCACCCGCACGAGGCUGGCAUUCUUGCCAGCGGCAGCUACGACAGGCGCAUUCUGUUCUGGGACUUGAGCCGCGUCGGCGAAGAGCAACAACCAGAUGAUGCCGAGGACGGGCCGCCAGAACUGCUCUUCAUGCACGGAGGUCAUACCAACCAUCUGGCCGACUUCAGCUGGAACCCCAACGAGCCGUGGAUGGUGUGCAGCGCGGCAGAGGACAACCUGCUUCAGGUCUGGAAGGUUGCCGAGUCGAUCGUUAAGCGCGACGACGCCGACCUGCCGGUGGACGAGCUGGGCCCCUAGAGGACGGUCCAGCUCCGAAAUCGGGUUGUCGAUCGAAACGACUGGAGUUCACUUUUGUAAAGUGAAAUAAAUCAGGUACAAUGCUUCUUUCCCCUACCGAUAGCGGCAGCGUUUGUGUUCCUUAUCCGGGAGAGUGGAGCAAAAGAUAUGGAAAAUACUUUGAAGAAGAAUUGGUUGGGUCGGUGAGGAGAUGGACUUAUGGAGGACAUCAGUAGUAAUACCAUUGAAAGUAGCAGUCAAGGUUGUGUUUCGUUCGGGGCUUUUACUCUAUGUCGCACAAACUUGGAAGAUAUCCGGGCCAGCUACGCUAAGUUGCUGUACUCACUUGCGUAUGAUAAAUAGGCCGAGCUAUGGUGUUAGGAGUCUAUCGCAUUUUUUUUGGGAGGCACGAAAGCAGGAGUAUACCUCCAGUACGUACAUUAACAUUCCCUUCACCUAUCCGUCACUUUCCGCUCAUUCUGAUUUACCAAAUGACGGUUCCCA